AUGACUUCCGCUGCGACGCCUGCGCCUUUGCUCCCCGUGACCACGGCUGCCGGCGGCGGCUCCGCGCCGUCCUCCGCCACGGGCCUCUCCGACGCGGCGCUCGCCACGCCGGCCUUCCGCCUCUUCGUGAGCCGGCUGGCCGAGACGGCGCGGCGCUCGCUCGCGGACCGGCGGCCGUGGACGGAGCUGCUGGACCGGUCGGCCUUCUCCCGCCCGGACUCCCUCUCCGAGGCCACCUCGCGGCUGCGCCGCAACCUCGGCUACUUCCGCGUCAACUACGCCGCCGUCGUCGCCUUCUCCCUCGCGGCCUCGCUCCUGGCGCACCCCUUCUCCCUCCUCGUCCUCCUCGGCAUCCUCGGCGCCUGGUGCUUCCUCUACGUCUUCCGCGCCCCCGACCAGCCCGUCGUGCUCUUCGGCCGCACCUUCACCGACCGCGAGACGCUGCUCGGCCUUGUCGUCGCGUCUGUGCUCGCCUUCUUCCUCACCUCCGUGGCUUCGCUCAUCAUCUCCGGGCUGCUUGUCGGGGGCGCCAUCGUCGCCGCCCACGGCGCCUGCCGCGUUCCAGAGGACCUCUUCCUUGAUGAUCCGAGCGCUGCGUCCAAUGGAAACACCACCAGCAGGCUCAUCUCCUUCCUCGCGUCGCCCGGAUCUGGGGUUUGA